AUGCCGGCCCUCCAGGACUUCCAGUUCUUUGACACCGCUCGCCUCACCGAGCUGUACGACGCGGAGCAGUCCUACGAGCUGCACAAGCACGCACUGGCGCAGAAGGAGGCGGCGGCGCGGGCCCAGGGCGCCAGCGAGGAGGUGAUCGCCAAGGAGAUCGCGCCCGGCGAGGACGACCCGCAGCCCCUCACCCCGGAGGAGUUGGCAGAGCGAGAGCAGCUGCUGGAGGACGGCUUCUCCAACUGGAACCGCCGCGACUUCAACGCGUUUGUGCGCGCCUGCGAAAAGUACGGCAGGACGCAGCUGUCCGACAUUGCGCGGGAGGUGGAAGGGAAGACCGAAGCCGAGGUGCGCGAGUACGCGGCGACCUUCUGGUCCCGAGUGGGCGAGCUGAACGACGCGGACCGCAUUCUGAAAAACAUUGAGCGCGGGGAGCAGCGCAUCCAGCGCCAGGCGGACAUCAUGACCGCCAUCGCUACCAAGCUGGAGAAGUACCGCAACCCUUGGCAGGAGGUGCGCAUCGCCUACGGCCCAGCCAAGGGCAAGGCGUACACGGAGGAGGAGGACCGCUUCCUGGUCUGCAAGGUGCACGAGCUGGGGUACGGCGCCUGGGACGAGCUGAAGGCCGAGAUCCGGGGAAACUGGAGGUUCAGGUUUGACUGGUUCUUCAAGUCGCGCACGCCGCAGGAGCUGGCGCGACGCACCGACACCCUCAUCCGCCUGAUCGAGAAGGAGAACGAGGAGGACGAGGAGCGGAACGCGGCGUCCAAGAAGGGGGCCAAGUCCGGCGGCGCGCCAGCACGCAAGCGCGCCGGGUCGGUCACGGCGGCGUCCUCCGCAGACGUCAAGGAGGGCGGCGACGACGGCAAGGAGGAGGUGGGCAGCGCGCGCAAGGCCACGCGCGCUGCGGCCGCGGUGUCCCCCGCCAAGAAGUAG